AGCCGCCUUAUUAUUGGCCGGGCCCAGGAUCACGUGACCCUACUCAGAGCAAACGCUUCACUUCCGCCAGGCUGCGGAUCCCUCGGGCUCGGCGCUUCGCAGACCUGCUCCCGCGCCAUGGCGUCGAUCCGGGGUCGACGGCGGAGGCCGGGGACGGUGGUGCCGGGGGAGGCGGCGGAGACCGACUCGGAGCUGUCUGCAUCCUCGUCGGAGGAGGAGGAGCUAUACCUGGGUCCCUCGGGCCCGACGCGAGGCCGCCCCACGGGGUUGCGUGUAGCCGGGGAGGCGGCGGAGACCGACUCCGAGCCCGAGCCGGAGCCCACGGCCGCGCCGGGAGACCUGCCUCCGCUCGUGGUGCAGCGCGACGCGGUGGAGACCUGGGGCUCGGAGGAGGCCCCUGCCGUAGCGCCUGCGCGCUCGCUGCUGCAGCUCCGGCUAGCCGACAGCCAGACGCGCCUGGACCACGACGUGGCGGCCGCGGUGAGCGGCGUGUACCGCCGUGCGUGCCGCGACGUGGCCACCCUGGCGGGGAGGCUGGCGGCUGCCCAGGCCACGGGGCUGGCUGCCGCCCACAGCGUGCGCCUGGCGCGCGGGGACCUCUGCGCGCUCGCCGAGCGCCUGGACAUCGUGGCUGGCUGUCGCCUGCUGCCGGACAUACGAGGGGUGCCAGGCGUGGAGCCCAAUCCGGACCCAGGACCGAGAGCCUAAGCUGACGCUCUGCCACUUGCUGCUGGUCAUUCCUGGCCCCUUGUGGCCUCGGACUCUGUCUUUGAUCCUGGAUCACCACCCCCUCCGGUGCGCGGUAGAGUUUGGUUUGUGGCCACAAGGAGCCCGAGUCCUGGC